AUGCAGUUCCUCGCUAUCGUCUCUCUGGCCCUCGCUGGCCUUGCCUCCGCCGCUUCCAUCCCCGAGAAGCGUGCUUCCACCCCUGAGGGCUGCGCCAGAGCCUACUACAACGAUGGCUCUGACGGCUCUACUGGCGGUUGGGGAUGCAUUGGAAGCGAGACCUGGGGCAACUGCGAGAGCUACUACUGGAAGGAGUCUCCUCCUUUCUGGUCUUGCAACUAG